GCUGUAAACAAAAAAAAAUCAAUUUUUGUUGUGAAAGCUGUCUCAAUUUUUAUAAAUAUGUAAAUUUAAGGUAACUUGCUGUUUUGCCUUUAGAAUUCUGGACGCCUGUUACUAGUUUUUCCCAAACAAAAAUGCUGAGUUGGGCACUAUUGUAGCAAAAUGGAAAGUAAUUCUUUAGAUGAGACGCAUAGGUCUAGUAGAGAAAUUAGUCUAGGAGCCUCUCAGACCAGCCUUAAAAGUACACAUAGCUUAGACAAAUCAAGCUCGGGGGGAAGCUUAAAGCGCGAAAAGGGUAAUAUACAAUUUAAGGAGUCCCCCCAAGAAAUUGACAAUCAGCGAAACCUACCAGAUGCAUCCAUUAAAGUGCCUCAUAAAAUUAUAGCCAACUGGAAAUCAGCAUGUGACAAAACCAAAGACAAAACAAAAGACUUGUUGAAGAGAUGGAGAACAUUGCCAGAAAUUGAAACUGAAAAUGUUAAUGCAAACCUAGACAAUUCGGACAAUAAAAAGGAAAAUCCUCAGGAAAGUGGAUGGAGUGUACAUGUAUGGAGUUUUGAGGUAAAUAAUGUCACCUAUCUUACCAAAGAAGGCUGGUUAAAUAAAUGGGAGGAGUUACUAAUAGGUUCCAGAAAUCUUAUUGAUUUUCCCAUUUGGCUACAAUUUUUUGUUAAAGUCUUAUUUCAAGUAAUUAACAGAGGAGGUACAGGCAUAAUAACAAGCGAUGAACUCAAUAAUUUCUACUCAUCAGUACUUUGUUUGGAUACAUCCAAAGUUGGCGAAAUACUAAAUACUGCAUAUCAAGCCAUGACAUCAAGUGGCGAUCAUCCUCUUCACUACAGAUCCUACAGAUUAUCUUUUUCUAACUACCUAUUAGGACGUUAUCCUAACGGACCUGGACAUCAUAUUUUGGGGGCUCCCAUACACGAAAAAUCAUCUGCCAUGUUCCCUGUAGAUUAUUCAGCUUUAAAUGCACAACCGGAAGAUUUAGAACAAUACACGCCAGACCAAAAGUCAAACAGAAGAAGUGUUAUUGUUUAGUAUUAACCCAAAAACAGGUGGGAGAUAUUCUAAAUUUCUCAAUCUAAAAAUUGACACAAGAAAAUCUUUCUCCGUGUUAGUUAGUGAGCGAUAUUUUUAUAGAAUUUUGCAUAAUAUGACACAUAAUCAAAAUUAAUAGUGUUCAAAAACACUGCUUCAUAUAGGAUAUUCUAUUUUUAUUGAUAUUACCUACCUAGUAAUUUCUUACACUAUAAUAAAUAAGAAACGAAAAUACUCAGCUGCGUGAGUUCCACAAAUUGAGAUUCAACAAAUUUCAUUGGGGCCUGUUUUUUUGCAGUGUUUAUUGUUAUUUGAUUAUAAUCAAAAUUUUAAAUACCUUAAUCUACAAAGAGACAUCGCAUCUUUUUAUUUACUCCUGAAGACAGAAAAUAAUUAUAUGGUCCAAUUCCAAAAUUAUCUGGCCUGGCAGUCAAGUAAAUAAUGCCUAGCGACUAAUAAAAUCAAAAAGCUUUUAUCAUUUAAAUUUGUGUAUACAGGGUGACCGAGAAGGUUCCAAAAAACCUUUAUUUGAUGGGUCUAUGGCCCUUUAUACCAGAGAUACAGAUCUAUCGAUUUUGUUAAAUUUUUUAUUCCGUAUAUUUAAAUUUUCAAAAUUUUCUUUUGUUAUUUAAUUAAGCCCGAAACGUGUUACUCCAGAGUGUAGUGUUCAUUUUUCCACAGGAAUUGUUUAUAGAAAAGGUUUAGGUGUGAAUUGAUGAUUUUCAACCUCUUAUGGCUCUUAGGAGCGCGAAAUAAAUCCAAUCUAAACACGAGCCUUUAUUAAUUUUUUAAACAAUAAGCAACAAAAAACAAGCAAGAUUUGUAUUUUUUUAAGUGAAAACUUCUUUAGACGCGUUCAGCACAAACGGAGGCUGAAAACUAAUCAAUUCAUACCUAAACCUUUUUUAUAAACAAUUCGUGCCGAAAAUUGAGUACUUCGUUUUGGAGUUGCAUGUUUCGUGCUAAAUUAAUUACCAAAAAGAAAAUUUUAAAAAUUUAAAUAUGCAGGGUGGCUUUUCGCAGUAAGUAGACAGAAUAUGGAAGAUUUUGACAAAGACGGACCUGGAUUUUUUUCAGUCUUAGUAAACUAAGAUAUUAAGUAAGUUACCAUUGAUAAUAAUUAUACCAAAUCUGAGAAAAAAAUACGGGGUCGUUCAGAAGUUAUGGGGAAGAAAAAAAGGAACAAAAUCAAUAAAUCACCCUGUAUCUCUGGUUUAAAGGGCGAUAGACCCAUCAAAUAUAGGUUUUUUGGAACCCUCUCGGUCACUCCUAUCUGCUUCCAAAAUAUGUCCCUUUCCCAAUGAAACACCCGGUAUAGAAAACUAGCAGAAGCCUAAACAAAAUUUUGAGAUGAUUAUAGGGGUUGUAUUAAGGGGAAUUAACACCUAUGAUUUUUUAUUGCGAGUGUACCAUUUUUUAAAAAAAAAUCUGUGAAACGCUCGUGCAAGAAAAGUCAAUAAUAUUCAAAAAUAUGGAAAAAAGAAGAAUACCAAUAGUAAAAAUUCCAAUAUUGCCUAAUGCGGUUAAUCCCAUCUAAUUUGGUAGAGAAUCACGCCUAUCAAAACCUAACAAAAAGAAACAUUUUUUUCUAAAACCAUGACCCUGAAGUAGGUUUUCGGCCAUUGUUUAGGAUUAUAAAUCUGAAGAGUUAUUGAUAAUGAUUCCAAUCUAAUUCAAAAUGUUUUUGUUUUUCCAAAAUAUCUAGUUUAUUGAUAUAAUCAAUAUGUAUAAUCCAGAUAAAGAUAAAACAAUAAGUAUGAUUUGUAAAGGAUAAUAGCAGAAGUGUCUGGUAUGCAAAAUUGUUGCACAUCUAUCCAUUUGGUUUAUUGGGUCUAUUAUAACAAUAAU